GCUCACGGCUCAGAAUAUUGACGUUAUGUGCCGUUUUGGAGACGUUGGUGUCUAUCCGAGAAAGGGUGGUGGUCAAAGCCGCCAUUUGCUCGGCGAGAGAAGGAUUGGUCGAAGCGGCGGCAGUCGAGGCAGUGGCUCUCGGUUGGCGGCAAGGACGAGGCUGUGGGAACGUAGCUUCAUCGGUUCCCGGGUGGAAGGAAGACUCGUCAAUCUCUUAAUGCUUCGUUCCUUUGCAUUUUGGCCCGACGUCCGUCUUGAUGUGGAACUCAUCAAGGAUCGCCAUGACAAGAAGGGCAUAGGGAAGCGGCCGGUUGUCGGAGGUGGCAUUGAACAUGUGAGUCAUCACAAAUUUACACCAAUUGAGAUUGGCGUUGUGAAUCAUCGCAUGAAUUGUCUUCGUGUCCUCCUGGGAGAGAGUGGUGUGAUUGAACUUCCUAGGCUUGAGAAUCCGUGUCAAAACAUAAAAAAUGAAUCGAUACACGGGACUCAUGGAAGUGAUCGUCGGACGCCGCUGUUGGGGAGUGGGGACGAAGUUUCGGAUGCCCACUUCCUCCAAGAGGGCGGUCUAGUUGAACCGCGCUCCUUCUUCUCCGACGUAGAGCCCGAGAUCCUGUUCGUCCCGACGAAGCCCGGUGAGGAUUUGAAUGUUUUCCUAAUUCAAAUAGAUGUCCACCCUAUUGACAUUAGAAAUCAAUGCUCCGUCCUCAUCCUUUUUCAAGUUCGAGUAGAAAGCUCGAACAAGAAAAGGGUGAUAAUGAGCCUUCUUGAUGUAGAGGAGGUCGAGGAAGUUUCCACCUUCGAGAAUAACCCGUGCCUCACGUGGAAUGGAAUCAUGAAUAAAGCGGGCGGUGGAGAAUCGAGGAGGGAGAAUUUCCCGGUGCUCAAACUUCUCCGAGAACCUCGUCGCCUCAGCGCGGUCGUUGAACCAAAGGAACGACCCAUCGAGAAGACGUACACCAACAGGGAUCUCGUGAGGAAAAUCCUGCGAAGCCUCACACCCGAAUGGAGAUCAAAGGCAGAUGCAAUUUAUGAAUCCAUCGGAGUCUCAAAUGUCACCAUCGACGGGCUAAGAGGUAAUCUCAAAACUUAUGAAUCUACUAUCCUAACCCCGUCUUUGGAUGAACAAAAGAAGAAGGGUAUAGCGCUGAAAGCAACCAAGGAGUCCGUGGAAGAUGACUCAAGCGAUGAUGACAACGAGUUCGGACUUGUCAUCAAGAAGUUCCACAAAUUCAUGAAGAAAGAAUUUGAAAGAAAAGGAAGAAAGCACGACGGGCCCCCGAAGUGCUAUGGAUGUGGUGAGAUAGGCCACAUCAAGCCGAGGUGUCCAAAAAACAAAGGCGGCAAGGACAAACCUGGCUUCAAAAAGCAACGCGCCUACAUCUCUUGGGGAGGCGACUCCGGGGAUGAGUCAACAGAUCAGGAAGAGGAGGAAGCCGCCAACCUCUGCCUCAUGGCGCACGAAGAUCAAACCGACAACGUUCAAGAGGUUGAGUUGUUCUUGAGCGUACUUAGUUUACUCAUAAUCUACUCUACAAGAGAGUCUCGUUCUUGAGUGUACUUGUGUUCUUAGACACGUUGAGAGAAAGUAUUUCUCUCGUUGAUUCAAAGGAAGGUCUGUUUCCUUUGAAGGAUUCGUUGAGGUUCGUGUGACUCGAACUCUCAAGUUGUAACGGUUUGUUAAGCACCCGCAAGCUUAACGAGAU